UUGAGGCUGGCAUUACGUACGUGGCGGUGCGCACCCUCGCCGGUGCCCUCAACAUGCCCGCCCCGACCAAGAAGACGUACGGCCGCUACGAGGACAGGCUAGCAGACGUCAUCAAGGAGGAGUCGAUGACGGCCAUGCUUGAGGCUGGGAAGAGAGAAUAUGAUCAUGCCGUAGCGGUGGGCAAUGUAAGUGCGGAUGGCAUUCCCUUCGUCACAGGUAAGACUCAGAUACGUUGGCUCUUUAGCGCCUCUGGGCUCAGAGGGGAAGGGCGCGGCAGCACUUACAUUAUGGUGUUUCGUUACAGUUAUCAUUGAUGGCCAGUGGGGCAAACGGGCGUACAAAAGUAAAUAUGACGCCACCUCUGGAUCGGUCACAGUCAUGGGAAAGCACACGGGCGAGGUGCUUUGGGGUGGCACCAAAAACAAGCGCUGCGCUGUGUGCGAGUUCGCCGAGCGUAUGAAGAUACCGGUUCGAAAGCACACUUGUGCCAAAAACUACACUGGCCCUUCAACUGCAAUGGAAGCGGCCCUCGCCGUCGAGGCGUUCCUGAGCAGCUUAGAAAUGCAUGGAGUGAGAUUUUUGCUGUACAUUGGUGACGGCGACAGUAAUGUGGAAAAGAAGCUGCAGGCCGCUAUGCCGUAUGGUGCAACCUUCCGCAUUCAGAAGAUCGAGUGCAAGAACCACCUUUUGCGAAACUUGAGGAGACAUCUUAUGGAAAUUGCUGCAGACACUAACACCAACGCUAUAGAUAAAACCAUGUCGGUGUCCCUCCGCAAGGUCGUGAAGGAAAGGGUUCUCAGACUGUCUGCCGGUCUUUGUUCAUAA